AUGCAAAAUUUUGCACAUUCCUCUGAAGAGCGUGGAGCUGGAGGUGAGGGAGAGGACAAACCACUCGAGGCAGUUUUUGUCUUCCCUCUGCCUGGAGAUGCUGCUGUCUGUCUUUUCAGUGCUAAGAUUGGACAGACAGAGAUUGUAGCUGAGGUGAAGGAGAAACAGGAGGCUUGUGAGGAGUAUGAUGAUGCACUGAGCUCCGGUCGGCAGGCCUUCCUGUUGGAGGAGAGUGAUCAGAGUCCAGAUAUAUUCUCUAUGAGUGUGGGCAGUCUGCCUCCAGGAGAGAGCGCCUCCAUCAGGCUGGAGUACGUCACUGAACUGGCUGUGCAGGCUGAUGAAGGGCUCAGGUUUUGUCUGCCUGCUGUGCUCAACCCUCGCUACCAACCUCAGGGCACUCUGAUGGGAGAUCCAGUAGUGAUGCUGAGUCUGUACCCUGAGUUCCCCCAGGCUGUGAUGUCUUCAGUCGCCUCAUGUGGAGAGUUUGUGUUCUUACUGGAUCGAUCUGGUAGUAUGGCUGGGGAAUGUAUGAAGAGUGCCAGGGAUACUCUGCUGCUCCUGUUGAAGAGUUUACCAAUGGGCUGCUAUUUCAACAUCAUCAGUUUUGGGUCCAAAUAUGAACAUGUCUUCCAUAAGAGUGUGGAGUACAGCCAGCAGACCAUGGAAGAGGCUCUGAAGAAAGUUGAGGAGAUGGAGGCUGAUCUGUGAGGAACAGAGAUCCUUGAGCCCCUCAAACACAUUUACAGCCAGAGCUGCAUUCCCAAUCAACCUAGACAACUAUUUGUCUUUACUGACGGAGAGGUGGGGAACACCAAAGAAGUUAUCAAUCAGGUGAAGAAGAAUUCAGGUUCCCACAGGUGUUUCUCUUUUGGUAUUGGGGAAGGGGCCAGCUCUGCUCUUAUCAACGGGUUGGCCAAGGAAGGAGGAGGUCACGCUCAGUUCAUCACAGGGACUGACAGGAUGCAACCCAAAGUUGUACCCUGCCUCUUGCCCAAUGUCAGCUGGGAUCGCCUCCAGCCCUCUGCGACCCGAGUUCGGAUAAUCGAUCACUCCUUACCUGAGAGAAGCAGCAUUGACCCCAAGCAGCCUCCCAGAGACCCUCUGCUGCAGCUGGUCUCCCUCCAGAAGGCGUCUGGCUGCUGGGUGCUGGAUCCAGCUCUGGCUGCUGCACUGGGAAAGACCAGCGAGGAGGUGGAAAAGCCCAAACCUGCUUCGGUGAAGCAGGAUCUGUGGGCCACCAUUCUGGCUCUGAUCUGGCUUCAUGGUUUCAAGAUGGAUGCUCAGGAAGAGUGGGAGCUUCUGGCUAUGAAGGCUGUGUCGUGGGUCCAUGGUCAGAAUGCACCAGGUGUGACAGAGUGUGUGGAAGCUGGAAAUACUCUGUUGGGUUGCAAAGUGCCAAAAGACGUUUUCUUGAACAGGACUGGUACUUAGAAGCAGAUUUACACCAUCUUACAACAUUUGUAUAAUAUAUAUAUAUAUACUGUGUGUGUAUAUAUAUAUAUAUACAUAUUAUAUACCUAAUUAAAUCCCAUUAUGUUGUUUCCACUGGUUUUGUAUCUUUAUUGAUCAUUUUCUAUUUUGGUUUAUCACUGAAAAUGUCAAGUCAAUGAAGUAUGCAUUUAUGUCAAUUUGUGUCUAAAAUGAAGUGAAAGGCUUCAUUUGAAACCUUCCCUAUUCAUUAUGCAGUAAAAGCUGUGUGACAUCAAGCUUUCAUGCACUUCAGCCAACACUGAUUGCAAAUCAAACCCUGAGCUGUCUCUAAAGGACAUGUCUAAAGGAUACUUGAAAAUGUUUGGUUAAAAAAAAUGAAAGUAGUAAAAUAAAAGUAUUGCUCAUCAUGUAAGACUUUUAUUGAAAAAUGUCUGUUUGAUUUGAGGGCAUUGUGGGAAAUGUGAGGUUGAUAUGUAAGGCCGGGUUAGUUGCAUUAUGGUCAGAACAACAUGGCUGACAAAAAUGACAAAGAGCAUGCAACUCCUUAAAGCAACAUUAAUUUUCCUUUAAUAUGUUUCAUGUUUAUGUAUAUAAUGUUCUUUAUAUGCCCUAUUAUGGACAUUGGUGAUGUGUUUGA